GGAAGUAGUGGAGUUCUCCCAGUCCCAUGCUCGCAUUCUUUCACAUUGACUGAGGAAGACAGCACGAUGGUAUCGAGUUGGGUUGCGCCACAAUUUAUAAAAACGACAAUUGCGCGGCAACUACUAACUGUAAUCUUCGCUGUAAGUUUGUCCUUGGCCCCCCGAGAAAGUUUUGCUGAGAUUCAUCUCAGAGGGGAGGUCGGCGAAAAUGUGACCGUUCGCUGCCCCGUGGACAGACACAAGACCCUCACGUUCUUGUACUUUCAAAAAGGCAAAGAAUUUGUAAAUGGCUUCCAUAGACUGAAAAAUAUACAAAGGAAGAGAUGGGAAAACACCAGCGUGGAGGAGGACGACGCCGCAGUGCAAAUGUGCAACCUGAAGGCUUCACAGAGUGGAGAAUACCAGUGCUACAUUCAAUACAAGGACGAGACAAAUGUUUCGGACUCAGUCAUACACCUCAGUGUCACAGCCAAAUACAGCAAGCCUACGGUGAUAACGUUGUGUCACGCAAAGCGCUGCCUGUUGACCUGUACCUCACAUGGAGGUUAUCCGCGCACCAAGUUGACGUGGAAUGUGAUUGGGAACAGCAGCGGCCUGAUUUGGACAGAUCGGAAAGAAAGCGAAGACAGCGAUCCAAACACAAUGCUGUACAACAUUUCCAGUACCGUGUCCUUCAACUGCUCCUACGGAGAACAAAUGUUCAUUGGUUGUUCCGUGGGGGAUGUCACAUCUGAGUUCCUGGCUGUCUGUGUUCCAAAGGAUCGGCCUCACAUUAGAAAACUGACAAUCUGCUCAAUUGUCUUGUUCAUCGCAAUAAUUGUAUUGUUCCCGGUAUGGAAAUGCGUGAAAAACUUUUUUACAGGUGCUGCAGUAAAAGAAAUCAUCUAACUGUAGAUCCAAGAGAAGCAAAACCCCUCAAAUAAAGCAGAAGGGGGGAGGAAUCUACAGUUGUGGACUGCUGAAGGAAACUUGACUUACCUCAAAGACUUUUUGUCUUUUUUUAAGAAUUGUGAGUGUUUAUCCGGCCAUCCAUUUUCUGAGCAGCUUAUCCUCACGCGGGUCACAGAAGUGCUGGAGCCUAUCCCGGCUGUCACCAGACAGGAGGCUUGGUACACCCUGAACUGGUUGCCAGCCAAUCGUGAGCGUUUAUAAUUCAUUACAAACUAAAAAAAACAAAAAAAACAGCACAUAGAAGUAACCAAAACUGAUAGUGUAGAAAAGAAAGUCUGCACUUGACUUCUUCUUUUUCUUUUCCUUUCGGCUUGUCCCGUUAGGGGUUGCCACAGCGUGUCAUCUUUUUCCAUCUAAGCCUAUCUCGUGCAUCCUCCUCUCUAACGCCCACUGUCCUCAUGUCCUCCCUCACAACUUCCAUCAACCUUUUCUUUGGUCUUCCUCUCGCUCUCUCUUCCUUGGCAGCUCCAUCCUUGCCAUCCUCCUACCAAUUUCCUCACUCUCUCGCCUCUGGACAUGUCCAAACCAUCAAAGUUUGCUCUCUCUCAUCUUGUCUCCAAAACAUCCGACUUUGGCUGUCCCUCUAAUGAGCUCAUUUCUAAUCCUGUCCAACCUGCUCAUUCCGAGCGAGAACCUCGACAUCUUCAUUUCUGCCACCUCCAGUUCCGCUUCCUGUCGUCUCUUCAGCGCCGCCGUCUCUAAUCCGUACAUCAUGGCCGGCCUCACCACUGUUUUGUAAACUUUGCCCUUCAUCCUAGCAGAGACUCUUCUGCCACAUAACACACCAGACACCUUCCGCCAGCUGUUCCAACCCGCUUGGACCCGUUUCUUCACUUCCUUACCACACUCACCGUUGCUCUGUCUUGUUGACCCCAAGGAAUUGAAGUGGUCCACCCUCGCUAUCUCUUCUCCCUGUAGCCUCACUCUUCCAUACUCACUCAUACAUAUGUUCUGUUUUACUUUGGCUAAUCUUCAUUCCUCUCCUUUCCAGUCCAUGUCUCCGCCUUUCUAAUUGUUCCUCUGCAUGCUCCCUGCUUUCACUGCAUAUCACAAUAUCAUCUGCAAACAUCAUGGUCCAAGGGGAUUCCAGUCUAACCUCAUCUGUCAGCCUAUCCAUUACCACUCCAAACAGGAAGGGGCUCAGAGCUGAUCCCUGAUGCAGUCCCACCUUCACCUUAAAUUCUUCUGUCACACCUCACCGAUGUUCUGCUGCCCUCAUACAUGUCCUGUACUAUUCUAACAUAUCUCUCCGCCACACCAGACUUGCACAUGCAGUACCACAGUUCCUCUCUUGGUACUCUGUCAUAGGCUUUCUCUCGAUCCACAAAGACACAAUGUAGCUCCUUCUGACCUUCUCUGUACUUUUCCACGAGCAUCCUCAAAGCAAACAAUGCAUCUGUGGUACUUUCUAGGCAUGAAACCAUACUGUUGCUCGCAGAUACUUACUUCUGUCCUGAGUCUCGCCUCCAGUACUCUUUCCCAUAACUUAAUUGUGUGGCUGGCUCAUCAACUUUAUUCCUCCAUAAUUCCAAAAGUUCUGGACAUCGCUUUUGUUCUUAAAAAGUCUGCACUUGACAUUGACUGGAAAUAUAGCAUUGUAUUUUAUAUUAAAAUAAGAAGGGCCAUUUUGUAAGAAGCUCAAUUGAGUUUUAAGAUGGUCUGCGAUUUUUUUUUUUUAUCUCCACAUACAUUGUAUUUUGUACCGUUUAUUUUAAGUACCUCUCUAAUGUACAGAGUUAUGCAAGAUCUUCAAAAUAAGAGAAACUCCUCACGCAGUCAAAUUCUAGAGUACUGUAAGUUACAACAAUACAAUAAAGAUUUUUGAAAGCA